AGCACUCAACCUGGACUUUGUCUCUGUGGGAAUGUGGAGGCCUGCCUUCUCCUGCCACACCUGGAAAAUAUAUCAAGGAAGUUGAGGAAACUUGAGUCACAAAAGCAGGUGUCUUCAGCACCGUAUACCUGAAGACUGCUUGCGGGCCUAGGAGACUGAGCUUCUCACUUCUGCUGCAGAGCCCAGCAAUGCCUGGUUACCUGUCCUUUCUGCCAGUCAUCCUAGCUCUAUGGGCUAUGGCUGGCAUCUGGAUUGUUUUCGCAAUUGCUGUGGUUAACAAGAGUGUGGACCUUGAGAAAGGCUUCCCCUUUAUCAGUUACUGUGGGUCUUACAGUCCCCAGAGCUGCAUUUUCAGUCAAGUCCUCAAUAUAGGAGCUGCUUUAGCUGUUUGGAUCUGCAUUGUCCGUUAUCACCAACUACGGGACUGGGGUGUCAAAAGGUGGCAAAACCAGCUGAUUCUGUGGUCUGGGCUCUUCUGUGCCUUGGGGACCUCCGUAGUAGGCAACUUCCAGGAGAAGAACCAGAAGCCUGUACACCUGGCAGGGGCCUUUCUGGCUUUUGUCCUGGGCAACCUGUACUUCUGGUUGCAAGUCUUUCUGUCCUGGCAGAUGAAGGGCCUGCCCCAACCUGGGCCCCGCUGGAUUAAGCCUCUGCGAGCGAGCCUCUGCAGCUUGUCCACCAUCCUCAUCGUGGCCAUGAUUGUCCUGCACUUCCAACGUUUGCGGUCUGCCUCAGCUGCCUGUGAAUGGGCGGUGGCCAUGCUGCUCUUUAUACUAUUUGGUCUCUUUGCCUCGGACUUCUCCAGCUUUCAAGGUUGCAGCCUGCACUUACAGCCUCGACUGGAUUCCAGCUUCUCACAAGCUCCCUCCGGGUCUCCAAAUAUACAGAUGGCAUAGGUGCUCUGACUAGGCCCGGUAGAGGAAGAAAGAUGGGACUAAGCCAGGCUCACUCAACAAUGAACUGGAGUGGAG